AUGGAGAUGAUUCUGGCAUUGGAUCUGGGAAUUGAUGGGAUUCCAGGAUUGGAUCUGGGAUGGAAAAGCGGGAAUUUGGAGGGGGAUCCAAUCCCUGCUCUCCCUUUUCCCAAGGGAAUCGCCCAGGUUGUCCUGGUUGGUCACGACUGGGGCGGGGCCGUGGCCUGGAACGUGGCCCUGUUCUAUCCCGAGAGGCUCCGCGCCGUGGCCUCGCUGAACACUCCGUACCGGCCGGCCGAUCCCGACACGGAUAUCGUGGAAAAAAUGAAAUCUAUUCCCACUUUUGAUUAUCAGUUUUAUUUCCAGGAGCCGGGAGUGGCGGAAGCGGAGCUGGAAAAAGACAUCGGGAGGACCCUGAAGAUCCUGAUCCGCUCCACGAGCCCGGAG